CGUCGCUACUUGGUGCAACUCUGAAACCACCGCGUCCCAUUCCAAGGCCCAGAACUGGUCUCUGUCGGCCACUGCUUCCCAAGUUCCCAUCAUCGCCACCCUCGCCGCCACCAACAGCAUGAAGGCCGUCUGCGGUCUCGCGGCCGCGCUCGGCGCGGCCCAGGUGUCGGGCCACUACAUCUUUCAGCAGUUCGGGCUGGGGUCGAGCAAGUUCCCCGUGUACCAGCACGUGCGGUACAACACCAACUACAACUCGCCCGUGACCAGCCUGACGUCCAACGACCUGCGCUGCAACGUCAACGGCGAGUCGGGCCACAACACCACCACCAUCGACGUCAAGGCCGGCGACUCGUUCACGUUUUACACGGAUGUCGCAGUCUACCACCAGGGCCCCAUCUCGUUGUACAUGUCCAAGGCCCCCGGCGCGGCCGCCGACUACGACGGCUCAGGCGACUGGUUCAAAAUCUACGACUACGGCCCGACGUUCAGCGGCGGCCAGGCGUCGUGGCCUCUGCGCACUUCCUACCAGUACAACAUCCCCAAGUGCAUCGCCAGCGGCGAGUACCUGCUGCGCGUGCAGAGCCUGGCCAUCCACAACCCCGGCUCCACGCCCCAGUUCUACGUCAGCUGCGCGCAGGUCAAGGUCGCGGGCGGCGGCAGCACUACCCCGGGACCUACUGUCAAGAUUCCCGGCGCUUUCAAGGCUACCGACCCGGGAUACACGGCCAAUAUCUACAACAACUUCAAGUCGUACACGGUUCCGGGGCCUUCCGUCUUCACCUGCUAGAAUGCAUGUGGUUGAUUUUGUGGUGAUGGGGAGAGCGAUUGUUUCGUAGUUGUGUAUAUAUUGUUUUGUCCAAUUACGUGGCCAGCUUGAGUUGCGCUGCACACUUACGAAGCUUCAUGAUCCAGUCUUUUUAAAUUUUAC